GUUUUCAUAUCUUUUAAGCCAGACGCCUCAUCGCUCCGCAGCAAACAGCCGGACUAAACCAUCUUCAUCGUAGAUUUAACGGUUGUCAAAAGAACUUGCAAACAUGCAGAACGAAGAGGGACAGAACAUGGAUCUUUAUAUCCCAAGAAAAUGCUCUGCUACAAACAGGCUAAUUACCUCAAAAGAUCAUGCUUCAGUCCAAAUCAAUGUAGGGCAUUUGGAUGAAAGUGGCCGAUAUACUGGUCAGUUUUCCACAUUUGCUCUCUGUGGUUUUGUCCGUGCCCAGGGAGAUGCUGAUAGUGCACUUGAUAGGCUGUGGCAGAAGAAGAAAGUUGAAGCCCAGCAAUAGAUUGCUUUACCCCCAUUGGAAUGUUGAGUUUUUCUUGGUGGAAUUUUGUUGGACUUUUAUUUAGAUUCUGUUUCACUUCUAUCCGGGAAUGAAAGAUUGCAUUUAGUUUGAACAUCAAGUUUGGAGUUUUAUCUCAAAGUUGUGUUUUGGGGGUUA